CGUGUUGCUGUGCAGCCCGAGUCGAGGCGCUACGGUGCCUGACUGGGCCUCCUCGCAGUUAAAUAAUUAUAAUCAUAGCUUCUCUGCUGUUCUGCUGUUCUGCUGCUCUGCCAACGUAACAGAACAUCGAUCGCCGCCAAGUUCCCGCCGACCCCCAUCAUCACACCUCCAACCACCCACCUCCCCCCUGAAAGCGACCUCGUCUCCACGUUGGGUUUCCCACCACCUCCAUUCGCAGCCCAAUCCAUCGCUCUGCUGCACCCUCGAUUAUCGUCGCGCGGCGGCUGCCCGUCUGCUGUCCACCCUCUACCAGACGCAUCUCCCGCAUCCUGGGGGUGCACAGAGUCGAGCAUCGCAUUCCACAGAGACCAGGCCCGCACGCGCUCCUUGCGCAGCCUCGCCAUGUCAGCUGCGACGUCCCACCGGCAGCACCAGACUGUGCCCGCGUCCUCAGGUCCCUCAGACCGCCCUCAUCGUUCAUUGUCCACCAACGCUCGUCCAUCCCCCUCCCUCGCCCAGGGCCACGCCCGCCCGCCUGCACCCCAGGCUCCCCAUCUCGCAACCGUAGCUCGUCGUGAUUACGAGCAGACCAAUCUCGCGAGCUCCUCCACCUCCCGCCCCAGCACCGACAGGGACCGCUCCGCGCCUCUGUCCCGCACCGAAACCACCUCCUCACGCCGCGGCCAUCACCGCUAUGCGUCUGACGCGUCGACAGCUUCCAAUAUGCCCAUCAACGGCGUAACCGCUGACACGACCCGCUCGUCGAAUGCAGCAGCCCCUCCCACACGGCGGCGGACCACCAUAACCGCCCCCAACACGGGGACAUGGUCCCUGGGGAAGACAAUUGGCGCGGGGAGCAUGGGCAAGGUCAAACUGGCCAAGAAUCAGGAGACGGGAGAGCAGGUCGCUGUCAAGAUUGUCCCUAGGCAAUCCACCGACCAGCACCAUAGCCAGGCAGACCGCGAGAGAGCCGACCACUCGAAAGAGGUCCGGACGGCGAGAGAGGCCGCCAUUGUCACCCUCCUGAACCAUCCCUACAUUUGCGGCAUGCGCGAUGUCGUCCGCACUCAGUACCAUUGGUACAUGUUCUUCGAGUACGUCAACGGCGGCCAAAUGCUCGACUACAUCAUCUCCCACGGCCGCUUGAAGGAGAAACAGGCUCGCAAGUUCGCACGCCAGAUCGCGAGCGCCCUCGAUUACUGCCACAGAAAUAGUAUCGUUCACCGAGAUUUGAAGAUUGAGAAUAUCCUGAUCAGCAAGACCGGCGAUAUCAAGAUCAUCGACUUCGGCUUGAGUAACCUCUUCUCGCCCCGCAGCCUGCUGAAGACCUUCUGCGGAAGUCUGUACUUUGCCGCCCCCGAAUUGCUGCAGGCAAAGCAAUAUACAGGCCCUGAAGUGGACGUUUGGAGCUUUGGCAUUGUUCUUUAUGUUUUGGUCUGCGGGAAGGUCCCUUUUGAUGAUCAGAGUAUGCCGCAAUUGCAUGCUAAAAUCAAGAAAGGCCAUGUCGAUUAUCCCCCGUGGUUAUCGGCUGAAUGCCGCAAUCUCAUCCACAGGAUGCUCCAAACCGAUCCUUCGCAGCGCUUAACCCUCGGCGAGAUUAUGAACCACCCCUGGUUGACCAAGGGGUUUAACAGCCCUCCGGAGAAUUACCUACCGCACCGAGAGCCGCUCCAACUUCCGCUAGACAAGGAGAUCAUUGAUAGAAUGACCGGAUUCGAUUUUGGGACUCCAGAGUACAUCACCACCCAACUCACGAAUAUCAUCCAGUCAGAAGAAUAUCAGCGCGCAGUGCGAAUAGCGGCACGUAGAGCUGCAGUGCAGACGCCAGAGCACGAGAAGAAGAGAGGAAUGUUUGACUUCUACAAGAGACGAAACUCAAUCUCAAGCAGAGAGCAAUUGACCACCACUUCCUCCGAGGAUGUCCAGCGCGGCCUCGACCCUGUCAACGCUUUCAGUCCCCUCAUAUCCGUCUAUUAUCUCGUACGUGAGAAGCGGGACCGUGAGCGACUUGAAGCAAAUCCCGGAGCUCUGGCCAUGCCCCAAAGUCCGGCAGAGACUCCCCUCAAAAUGCCGGAUCUACCCGCUCCCGAGGCUGCCUACACUAACCCCGCUACAUAUGAGAUGGCUGGCGAGAAGCCUACAGGAGGAAGAUCGCGUCCCAGAGCUAGGACUCAUGGUGAAGAGGAGGUCACAGAGAGCUUGCAGAAACUGAGCCUCAAACCGCCAACUGGGAAUGUCUCGCCGGCUAUCAUUACACCUCCCAUAGAGCAACCUACGGUGAGGAAAGAAAGCGCAGCUGCAGGAUUGUUACGGCGCUUUAGCACCAGGAAGCACAGAAACCUCGAUCGGGAACAUCUCCCAACACCUGCGGUCGCUGUAUCUGGCCCACCAGAAUCCUCGAGCGUGCCACGAAAAAGCUUCAGCAUCCGUCGAGCUCGUGGUAGAGAGGAACCGCCCACUCCACAGCCAGAGCAAGCUAAUCAGCAAGACUUUUUGUCUCCUCCAGCUACAGGCAAUCCUACCGCACGGAAAUUGAAGGGCCUUGGGCGGUCUACAAGUGUCAACUCCGGUGACCUUCGGAGACGCCUGAGCCGUCGCGGGAGGUCUUCGGAAGAUCCUGGAAAUCCGCCGGCUACCAGUGGCUCAGACCGCUCUGACCUUAGUGAUCAGCGAGUGAAGCCAGAUGCUGCUUCGGAGGACUUCCAAGCCGAUCAGCGGCGCGUGCCAGCCUCUCGCACCAAGUCCCUUGGCCAUGCGCGUAGGGAGAGCAUCCAGGCCAGGAGAGCGCGGCGAGAGCAAGCGAGACAGUCUAAUGUGCCUGAGGAGACGGACGCCGAGGUCGCAGAGUCGCAGGGUGAAGCCAUCCGCAGCCCGGACGCAGUCAAGCCCGUGUUUCUCAAAGGCUUGUUCAGCGUUUCCACUACUAGCAACAAACCCCUGUCGUAUAUCCAGGCGGACAUCAUUCGCGUCCUUCGUCAACUCGGGGUCACAUACACGGAGAUCAAAGGUGGCUUCAAAUGCCGGCACGUUCCCAGCAUAGACCUCAACACCGUUGUUGAUUCUCCCACGGCAGCGAAUCCCUCAGCUGGUCACAGGCGCAGGAUCAGCUUUGGCGGCUUCAAGUCUGGAGAGCGGGAUCGGGACGAGUUUAGGGAGCAACACCGUGCGCCCCAGACGCCCAAAUCUUCAAGACAUCGGCCCUCGGCUCCCGACGGCAGCUCGUCUAACAGCGACGCUUCUGAUGAGAGCGACGACAAGGAGGACCGGCCUCACCGAGCCCCUAGGCCAGUCCCACCGGGCGAGACAACGACACAGGUCCAGAGCGACCUGGGCAAUAGCAUGAUUCUUGUUUUUGAGAUACUCAUCGUCAAAGUACCCCUCCUGCAGCUGCACGGAAUCCAGUUCAAGAAGGUCGAUGGAAACACAUGGCAGUAUAAGAACAUGGCACAGACCAUUCUUGCUGAGCUGCGACUGUGAGGGAAGCGUCCGUGGAAGGGGGCAGCCUGAGAGUUGAAAGUAUUCUUGCGAAGUAUGUUUUGGCGUGAAUCGGCAUGGCAUUAUGAAUUUCUCAUAUAAUCUAUUAAUGUGGGAGCUUUCUUACGAAGGCUGUAGGAUUUCAAUGAUGAUGAACUUGCUUGGGGAAGGAUGUAAUAUUAUCAGCCGCACAUGCAUUUCGCUAUUUUACGUUUAUGGAUCCUUGCUUAGCUUAGACAUAGUAGGGCUUUUAGAUAUGGAGGCAAUGAGAAGAUUCAUUUGGUAGAUGUUAGUCUGAUCGGGCAAAGUAUAAUGCAGUAAGAGAG